AUGGCUGACCUCUACUCUUCGCUCAAUGUAUCACCAAAGAAAAAGCGCGCACUCAGCCCCGAGGACGAAACUGUGAUCACCCCGAAGAGAGUCAGAGCAGCUCCGCCUACUCCCCCGCCUACCAAACACAAAGGCACAUACUCUAAACCGCCUGCGCUACCCUCCCAUUUAUCACGACUACUUUCUUUCCACUCUGCUAUUCAACAGUCCCUCUCUCACGCACUUGCAACUUGUGCCGUCUCUCCCUCCGAGUCCGGCAUUGUUCGCAAUGUCCUAAACAACAUAUCCAUUACCACCUACUCUGGCUUUUCCUCCAAGUUCGAACCCGACGAUCUCAAGCGGCUCUGUUGGCUUUGGGAAUGGGACGGCAAGACAUUCCCCAGCGCCCAGCACGCGAGUCCGCCUGAUGACGAAGAAAACCCUUUUCUCGACUCCAAACCCUCGUCCAAUGAUUGGACGAGAGGCUCUAUGGGCUUAGUAGUGACCCCGACAAGCCACUUUUCCAAGUCAGUAGGCAAGCGAGUACCCGUCUACGGAAUAGGUAUCGAAGUGCAGAUGGACAUCGACAAGGACAUGCCUGGCGGAAUGGCUGCUGUCGCGCGAUGGACCGCGGACUCGGAGAAGCGAUGGAUACAGUUCAAGUCUAAGCUCGAGAGCUGGGUCAAGCAUUUCUCAGACACGUCUCCAUUGCCAUACAUUCCUUUGGCAGAUCUCCCAGAACUCAAGGCCCCCCAUAAAGCGUCUGCACUCACCCGCGUCCUCGCGACUGCAUCUCCGAAGGGCAUGGCAGCCUUGUCGGGCAUGGUACCAGCAGAGCCUUCGUCUCCGAGCCGGUCACCGCGCAAGAAGCUAAGAUCUGACGACAACUCUGCUGUUCCAUCUCCAACGAAAGCCAGAUUAUCACAGACGAAUAUAAUCGCUUUCCCGAAGACACCCACCACUCAACGCAUUCUGCCCAAAGAAGAAAAUGGCCUCUUAACGCCCAAGACGCCUGCGCGAACAAGAGAUGACAGUGACGUUAGUGUGUCAGGAGUUUCAACGCCAGUUCAUCAGCGAGGACCCGAGGCAGAGACGGCGCCAAAGACCCCCAGCACCUCACGACGACAGGCACUUUACGAGCGGAUACGCCAUAAAUCUCUCACAUCCACUCCGAGCAAACCGAAGAGCUCAGAAGUACCGGGCAGUAAGCUUACAAGAGAGCAGAUUCAGAAACUUGGUCAGGAUGAAAUCCGCCGUCGUUGUCUUCUUGGUCGCCUAGGGGGCGUGGCAGAGAGCAUAUGGAUGCAAACCACCCGGAAACGGAAAGCUUUGCCUUACUCCGAGGUCGCCGCCAAGAUCAUCAAAUCAUCUCCUGUGCCUAUGUCUAUCUCUGAAGCAGCAGAGUCAAUCAAACUGUUGACCACCCUCUGCCCAUUCUUCUUGAGAACGCUGGACAUCAAAGGCGAAGACUGGCUCGAGAUGCCGCAGAUGAACUCUUCGCAGUCCGAGACAGCUGCGGCUGAAACCAGCAGAAACCUGAUGUUGCCUGCUCCCCCACACAGCCCCAAGGGUCUGAGCAUCCCUGUCAAGCUCCCGGACCCCUCAAGCCCGGCUGAGGAGAGUUUGCUGAAGAGCCCCCGAAGGGUCAAGCGCGAAGCUGGCGGUCUGCGAGAAGUUCGAGAGAUCAUUAGGAGGGAACUAGAAAUUCAUGACUAA